CAGAUCGACGUCGACUCUCGUUACGUGCGGGACACGGUAGCGCGUUUUUCCACUUUGCCGCAACGUAAAUGAUCGGCUAUUUAAACAAUAAUACCUUGCAAGCUUUUCGAGUGGAGAAAGCUCUCUGAUGAAUCAGGACGAAAAUUCUGGAAACCAGGAUUUAUAGACGAAGGAAUAUCGUCCGAGGUCCGAGACUGACUGCUCGUGCGUAUUCCCGCGUAUCCGCAUGUCGCAGUCUCACUCUCCCGGAGCCGUCGCAGGUACCCGUCGGUUCUCGUGAUCUCGACGACGGAAAUCGACGACGUUUUCGUUCCGACGAGACCAGGCUGAGGAGAGAGCACCGCGAGUGGGAAGCAGUGCGAGACAAAAAACACAAGUUCGUCGAGCAGGCCGCUUUGCAGUAUUUCCAAUUGAUUUGCUCUCUUUCAUUCGUUUCAAAUGUCUCAUUUCCACCGAGUGAACAUUUCUUCCCUCCACUUUCAUUCCUCCUCAUGAUUCUCUCUUUCUUAAUGUCUCCUCUCUAGCUCGACUCAGUUCUAAAUGAAAUGUUUAUACGAAAGUGAAGAGUUGCACACAGACCUCGGUGCGGAUGGGAAUCUAAGUGAAAAGAAAAUCGAAAAUAAAAAUCCCUUCAAUCCAUGCGACGUCUGCAUAUAUCUUUGUACUUUUAACGCCUGCACGUAUACACAUGUGUUGAGUCCGUCCGAGCAAAAGCUGGAUCGGGAGGAACACGCGUUUCCACUCACUCCGAGCACAAGUUUUCGAUGCUCUUACGCCCCGUCACUCACGAGUCGGGAAAGAGAAAAGGGGGAGAGAGAGAGGGAGAGAGAGAUCGUGUCGUUAUAUAUUUAUUUAUUUAUUUUCUCCUCUUCCACUUGUUUUCUUUUGCCUUGUUUCUUUCGGUUGUACUUUUCCUCUCGUCUUCACCGUCUCAUCCCCGUACGUGUCGCUUUCAGGAUAUUCGCGUGUGUCUUGUACGUGUGUUUUUUGCGCGGACUAGCGGACUCGCGGGUAAAACGGGUUAUAAACCUGCGCAAAGAAAGGUCGCGAGGUUGCGGGAAGGAGGAAGAAAACGACGUGAUUUUCUUGGUGGAUAUAUAGAGAACGGAGUUGGACCAGGUGAAAGGAUAAAAAAAAAACAGGGAGAAACGAAUCGCAGGAAUUGAGUAUAUAGAACUGAGGGGAUUUCGAUUGAUUAACGACUCUUUCCAAAAGUCCUUUUAUCGCUGAAAAAAUAAAAGAAUAACAAAAAAACGAGGACGAUUGAAGCGAAUGAUGCGCGCUCGGAGUUAAUCGGUAGAGUGUGUAGCUUUUAUUUAUUGCGGGCAAUUCACAGUGAUUGAUAACGGACCGAAUUUAUGUAGGAAUUUGUGCUGAAAAGUAACGCCCGAGUCCAUAAAGAAGAUCAGGCCAAAUUUCGAUUCUCUGGUCGAAAAACGUUGUUUCUGGUGCUCGAAAAAUUAGGCUUGAUAACACUGACGAAUCAGAACGAGAAAAUCGUUCCAUGACUCGACGAAUCGAUGUGAAGAAAAAUUUGAAUUAUUCGAGCUCGAAUUACUGCACUGCAAUUGAGUGAUACAGAGAAACGGAAAUACGAUUGAUCGUGUGUGCAACUAAUUGCGACUGGGAUAUUGCACGAUACUUGUAAAAGAGCAAUUGUGCUGGUGGUAGUUGAAUGAGUUCGGGACAAGAAGCAGAAGUUUCGAAAUUUAUUCGCAUAAUCGUUUCCUCGCUUGACGAACUAAUAGAGCUAAGGAUCGAGUUUGCGUUUAGAAUUUUGUGGUGAUUACUGUGAAAUCGUUGAGAAACUUUGGCUCGCCUACUUCGCAAGCACUCGCAACUCCAGGCGAUUUAUCUUCUCGCGAUAAUCGUCUCGGUUUCUUCAUUCAUAAUAAUCGGACGCAAACUCCCGUACCAAAGUGAAUACCUUAAAGUGCACCACCGACAAGACAAUCAAGCAACAGCAGCAUCUCCGUGACGUCAUUGUCAGCAUCAAUGAUAAGGGAAGCCAAGUCAUCGAGUUGAGGGCUAUCAACGAUUUGUCCACGGCGACUCAUCAUAGUGCCCCUCAUCAUACGGAUAUUGAAAAACAUCAUCUGACCACCGCACUGACGUGGCACUAUGCUGGAAUGAUGGACGGUGAAGGUACGCUGAGCCGUGGGCACACGAACGGGGGCCGUGGACUGCGCCGUCAACGGUCCCUGGAAUGGCGAGACAGGCGCGGAUACGGUAACAGCGCCCAAUCGAGCAGCGACGACGACGAAACCAAUGCUCGUCAUGGCGUCGUCGGUGGUCCCGGAUCCGUCGGAGGCCGAGGAGCCCGAAGCCCUGUCCCGGUCUUCGCAUCACUCUUGGCACAACAAUAUAACGGCGUCGGUGACCGUUCGUACCGCACAGGUUCAGACACAGAGGGUGCAGCGACAACUGACAACCCAACAACGCCAUUUCCAACUCCACCGCCUACGUUGACGCCAAAUCAUCGUCAGGCAUCGCCUUUUCCUCUCGAAAGUACCAACUCUCGACGGCAUCAUUACAGCGGGAGUGUGUCCUCGGAAAGAACUUCGCGCAAUGGCAAUGCAGGCGAGGCCAUUUACGCGGCGCCAUCAAAGAAAACGAAUUCAGCGGGUGGCACACUCAGCCGUCGAUCGCGACGGGGACUCGCCAGUGCCAUAAGUUCGAGCUCAACCGCGAGCGAUCGUUCCGAGACAGUUUUUCCGGACGAGCAUACAAGAAUGCACCUUAAUAAUGACAACGGCAGAGAUUCGCCCCCCGAGCCAGCACCUCCCGAAGUCCCGCCGCGCGGUCCCUCGCUGCACACCACUCACACUCUCCGAUCGCAGCAGACUCGAAAUGGUUGCCCGCCAAAUUCCGUUGGAGGUUUCACACUGCCAAGGGAUCAGGUCCAGUCCGUGCCCGAUUCCGAAUACUUGAUGUCUGGAAGCCCACGAAAUUAUCUAGCCAGAUCUCCCGGAGUGGCAUCGACGCCGACGGUUACUAGAAUGCCACCUUCGCAACAACAAGGGACUCUCGGCUCGCUGGCCAGCGGGAUCGGGACCGGCAACGGGGGCACCGGGACCACCGGGACUCCAGGCCAGCCCCGGGUGAUGCCUGGAUUUCCUCUCCAGGCCGCAGUCGUGCCCCAUUACUCGCCGUACUCGCCGUCCCGUUUUCACAUCGACAAGCGAUGUCAGCACAGAUGCUCGUGGAAAUGCUUCUCCGUCGCGUUAAUUCUGCUCGCUGUGGCUCUGACUGCCAUCCUCGCUUAUCUCGCUGCAGUUAGUUCGAUGCGAUCGAUCGAUAGCACCAAUUGUAUAUUGGACCAAGACGUCAAAGCUGUGACCCACGAAAAUGCUCACGUACAUGAUCCGAUAUCGACGCAAUUGCCAACGGAAGAAUCAUUGCCAACGAGUACGGCGGAGCAUUCGAGUUCGUCGGACAAUAACGCCGGUGAACAGCAGAGCGACCCGCAGAUACAGCAGUCGGCUCAACAAUGGCCGGCGGUUUUGGAACUUCAAGCAUACAAUGUAGCUCAUUCGGCAGUGAUACCGCCUUAUCACUUUUGGAACUCGGAGUUUCGUAACAAACAGCCGGCCUUCAUAAGGUUGAAUUUGACGUUACCGUGGGGCGCAAACUUUGCCGUUUACGGUAGACGGAACGUCGCGCCGAGUGUAACGCAGUAUGACUUUGUCAAAUUCGUCAAGGGUGGACGCGUCGAUCACAGAUUGAAAAGGGAGGCCGAUCUGGACACGGUCAGCUUCAUGAAGGAUUCUGGCAGCCAGCAUUUUCAUCAGGAUUAUAAAAAGGAGAAAGAAAACAGCAGAGACAACGACAGAGCCGGGGGAAACGGUCACAACGAGGCGCUCGACCGAGCCAGGACUUCGAGGGAGCCGGCCAACUCGGACACUCGGCAAAGACUCGGUUAUCAGCACGUUCUCGUAAAGCGAACAAUUUCCGAGCAAAUGCUGGUCAACGUCAGCCUCCUCCAGUAUCUCGAUACCGGUCGCUGGUUUCUCUCAGUCUAUAACGACGAACUGCAGUCGUACAAAGUCACCCUCAUCGUCACCGAGGCCGAAGGCGUCUCGACUACUUGCCCUAACGAGUGCAGCGGGCGGGGAUCUUGUUAUCUUGGAAAAUGCGAUUGCAUCGACGGCUAUCAGGGUCCUGAUUGCAGCAAAAGCGUGUGCCCAGUUUUGUGCUCGUCACACGGCCAAUACGGGGGUGGAGUUUGUCAUUGCGAGGAUGGUUGGAAAGGUGCCGAGUGCGAUAUACCACUUGGUGAUUGUCAAGUUCCUGAUUGCAAUCAACAUGGUCAAUGCGUCCGUGGAUCAUGCGUCUGUGUGCCGGGAUGGAAGGGUCCUUUUUGCGACGAGGCGGACUGUCACGAUCCGAAUUGCGGCGGCCACGGUGCGUGCGUCGCCGGAAAGUGUUAUUGCAAAGCCGGCUGGCAGGGCGAGAGAUGCGACCAGGUCGAUCAGAGAGUUUACAAGUGUUUACCAGGCUGUUCGGAUCACGGAUCGUACGAUUUGGAAACCGCAUCGUGUAUCUGCGAGGAGCACUGGACCGGCGUCGAUUGUUCGCAGCCGAGCUGUGACCUCAAAUGCGGACCCCACGGAUCGUGCGAACAAGGACGCUGCAAAUGCCACGACGGUUGGACGGGAACUCAGUGCGAUCAGAAGCCUUGCGACGCCCGUUGCGCGGAGCAUGGACAGUGCAAAAAUGGCACGUGCGUUUGUAGCCAGGGCUGGAACGGAAGGCACUGCACCUUACCCGGUUGCGAGAACGGUUGCAGCAGACACGGAAUAUGCACGUUGCAAGACGGCGAGUACAGUUGCGAGUGUUCGUCUGGUUGGGCUGGCAGGGAUUGCAGUAUUGGUCUCGAAAUGGAAUGCGCGGACGAAAUUGACAACGAUCACGAUGGUAUGGUCGAUUGUUCGGACAGCGAAUGUUGCGCUCAUCCGGCUUGUGCCGAGCACUUGAUGUGUCUCGUGAGCAGCGAUCCGGUCGAAGUAUUGUUGCGAAAACAACCGCCGAGUGUGACCGCAUCCUUUUUCCAGAGAGUCAAAUUCCUCAUCGAAGAAAAGAGCGUCCAGAGUUACGCCCACACGGACGAGUACAGUGAAAGUGCGUUCUGGAAUUCCUUUACACAGUGUCGUGUAGCUGUGAUGCGCGGCCAAGUAGUAACGGAACAAGGACUCGGAAUAGUAGGGAUUCGAGUCUCAGUCGACAGGGAUUCGCGUUUUGGUUUCACCCUCACGAGAGCCGGAGGAUGGUUCGACAUACUCGUAAACGGGGGCGGUGCAGUGACGCUCCAAUUCCAGCGCAGUCCCUUUAAACCUCUAACGAGAACAGUUUUCGUACCGUGGAAUCAAAUAGUCGUUUUGCCACCGGUAAUAAUGACCUUGAGCGAAGAAGGCGAGUCUUACAAAUCUAAUCAGCCACCGAGUCCAGCUGUCGGCUUCCCAGGGAUAUCAAUGGGAUUGCUCGGCGAGAACGGGCCCUGCCUGGAGCACGAUUACGAGAUGCUGAGGCCCAUCAUAGUGAGCACUUGGAUGCCUGAAAAGGUCGGAGGUCUUCCAGGAGAGAGUCUCGUGUUCGCUGAGAGUCAGAUUGUCCAAGAGAGCAUCGCCAUUCCAGGCUCGAACCUUCAUCUGAUGUAUCAGAGUAGCCAAGCUGCGGGUUAUCUGUCAACAGUGAGGAUGCAGUUGACCGGUCCAUUUAUUCCAAAGUCGUUGACCCAUGUGCACGUACAUGUGGAGAUCGAGGGUUCGUUGCACACCAAGACUUACGAGGCUGACCCGAAUUUGACUCACACAUUCGCGUGGAACAAGCGUAACGUGUACAAGCAAAAGGUUUACGGGGUUGCACAGGCGCGUAUAUCGAUUGGUUAUCAGCACUCAACUUGCCCAUCGGUUAUAUGGGAGACGCAAACUGCAACGAUGCAAGGUUUUGACGUUGAUGUUUCGGACGUCGGUGGUUGGGGUCUCGACAUACAUCAUCAUUACAAUUUUCACGAGGGAAUAUUGCAGAAGGGCGAUGGUUCGACGCUUCACUUUAAGCAGUAUCCGAGGACGGUCAAGGUCGCCAUGGGAACCGGAUUAAAGAGGAACCUUGUUUGCCACGACUGCGACGGGCUCGCGAAGGACGCCAAACUGUUGACUCCCGGGGCACUGACGAGUGGCCCUGACGGUAGUAUCUACGUCGGUGACUUCAAUCUUGUGCGGCGUAUAACACCCGAGGGCAACGUAUACACGGUUUUGAUACUGAGCACCACCCAAGUCGCUUACCAAUAUUACCUCUGCGUGUCACCUGCCGAUGGCCAUUUGUAUAUAAGCGAUCCGGAAAAGCAUAGAAUCUUGCGGACUCUGACGCUGGAUCAAGUCGCCGAUCCCAGCAUCAACAUCGAAUCGGUCGUCGGUAGCGGUGAAAGAUGCAUACCCGGCGACGAGAAUCACUGCGGAGACGAAGGACCCGCGAUUUCGGCUAAACUCGCCCACCCGAAAGGCAUCGCUAUAGCAGCCGACAAAACUAUGUACAUUGCCGAUGGAACGAAUAUUCGGGCGGUCGAUCCUCGCGGCAUAAUCCACACUCUCGUUGGUCACCAUGGCCACCGCAAUCAUUGGUCCCCGUCUCCCUGCAUUGCCGCCAUUUCCGCUCACCAAGCACAGCUCCAGUGGCCAACCGGUCUCACGCUCAGCCCCCUCGAUGGCACCCUCCACUUCAUCGACGAUCGACUCGUCCUCAAACUCACCAGUGAUCUCAAGGUCCGCGUUGUCGCUGGCACCCCGUUGCACUGCACGAGCAACCUCAACAACGGGGAAACCGCUAAAACUAAUGCUACGCAAGCCGCUAAUGCAAAGAAACCGGACGAAGUUCUGGGCUCCGUGCUCGCGGUGAGCUUCAGCCCGACCGGCGAGCUCUACAUAGCCGAAAGCGAUUCCCAUCGCGUUAAUUCCAUCAGGAUAGUCGAUUCCUCCGGUAAGAUGUCACACUUUGCUGGACAGCAGAGAGAACGUUUGAGAGGCUUGUGUGACUGCAACGGAACGACUCCCAGCACCAAAGAGCCGGAGGACUGCUCUUGCUCGGACGACACGAGCAGUCGCGACACCGAAACCCUUUUGUCCUCAAACGCCAAAUUUACGGCUAUUUCAGCACUCGCCGUUUCACCGGACGGGGUACUCCACGUCGCUGAUCAAGGCAGCUUGCACAUACUGGCACUCCAACCGUAUCUACCGGCUCUCGACGAGAGUGGCGAAUUCCACAUUCCAUUUCCACCGACCAACGAGAUCUACGUGUUCAACCGGUUCGGCCAGCACGCCGUAACGAAAGAUCUCACUUCGGGUAAAACUCGCUACUCAUUUUUGUACAGUAAAAAUAUGAGUCUCGGUAAACUCUCGACCGUUACCGACAGCGCUGGCAACAAAAUACAAUUCCUAAGGGACUACAGUAACGUCGUCAGUUCGAUCGAGAAUACCCAGGAUCACAAAUCCGAGCUGAAGAUUUCGGGAGUCGGUUUUCUCGUGAAAUUAUCCGAGCGCGGUAGAUCCGAAAUCGCGUUGGAUUACGACAGCGCUACGGGCUUGUUGACGAGUCGUUCCGGAGGCGGCGAGACCUACAUUUACAACUACGACAGCCUCGGACGCGUAUCCGACGUCACAUUACCAACGGGUGAGAGAAUAAAGCUCGGCUCAGGAUUGUCGAACGACGAGAGCCUCUUGGUUAAAAUUUCGGCACCUCUGGAGGCUCUGUCUCGCGGCGACAAGCAGAGAAUCGUCGAGUUCAAGAUGAAAUCAGAGAGAUCAAAGACGCUGGAGAUUACAGACGGUAACAAGAUCAAGAGAGCGACGUCCUUCAGCAACAGCAGUCUCGAGGUAUUCCUCCCAAGUGGCGGUAGAAUAGUAAGCGCUGCCACGACCAAGCACCCACUUCUCGAGGCCGCACUUCCCGUCGAAGCAGAAAUGUUGCCGAUGUGGAGUUACCAGAUGAUAACAUUGGGCGAGCUGACCAACACCAUGACGACGACGUACAACCUCGUCGGCGACGUCAGCCAUCUUCAGCAAACGUUGAAUCGCGAAAUCUGGGUCAACGACACGAGGGUCAUCGCAGUCGAGUUCGAGCAGGCUUUCAGUCGUGAAACGUUCUACGAUAAAUCCCGAAUGCCUCUGUUGACCGUAACAUUCGAUCCUGCUGGUUUGCCCCUUAACUGGCUGCCCCACGAGCACGGCUACAAUCUCACAUUGACCUACGACACUUUCAACCGUAUAGAAAGCUGGAAAUGGGGGCCUUCCGACGAGUCGUACAGCUACGACAUGCGAGGCCAAUUGGCCGAAGUCACCAACAGCCAAGAUGGCACCAAAAAAUACACUUACAACGACAACAACAUGGUGUCCAUGAUUACUUUGGCGAGCGAUCGACACUUUUCCCUCGAGUACGACGAGGACGGCGGUCUGAGGCACAUCAUUCUGCCGUCCGGCACAAAGCAUUCUUUCUCUUGUCAAGCUUCGUUAGGCUUUUUGCGAGUGACUUACACGCCACCGGGCAGCCCCAGAUCGUAUCUCCAGCACUACAGUCACGCUGGAAAUCUCCUGCAAACGGUGUUCCCUGGUGACGGUGCUAGGAUCGUUUAUCGUUACCACACUUCCGGGCAGCUCGCGGAAAUAGUGCACGGCGACGGUAAGAGCGAGUUCAAGUACACCGAAAGUGGUUUGCCCUCGGAAGUGAUACACGUUGAGAAAGACGUCGAAUACAAAUGGGACUACCAGUACAGUGCUGGCCUCCUGGUCGAAGAACGAAUUGACUUCGGGGCGAAAACAGGCCUCAACAACGCCAAAUUCACUUUCGAUUAUGACUCGAAUUAUCGUUUGACCAGCGUCCAGGGAAGAAUCGGUGGGCAAACGCUGCCGGCGCACACGAUGGCUUACAGCACAAAGACCGGGGCGCCCGAGCAAAUUGGCCAGUUCAAGGUAACGAGACCUCAGCCUAAUGGGACCAUAGUUUACGACGGCAUCGCCAUAUUUUCUCGAACAACCGACAAACGUUUCCUCGAGACUGAAGUUACCGUGACCAUUCACAAUUUGGAAGUAUUCCGGAUGGAAUUCACUCACGAUUCCAAAGGCCGGAUCAACCAAACGAGAACGGACACGAGAAACGUGGGAGUAAACGCGUACACGAACGUGAAGAAUUACACUUGGGAUUCCGACGGUCAGUUGACCGGAGUCGAAGCUCAAGAACCGUGGAGCUUCCGGUAUGACGGGAACGGCAACAUGCUCUCGUUGACCUAUCGUGGCAACUCCAUUCCCAUGGAGUAUAACUCGAUGGAUCGCAUGGUCAAGUGCGGCGACGGUCUCUACAAGUACGACAAUCGUGGACUCGUUGUUCAAAACGCACGGGAAGAAAGAUUCAAUUACAAUGCCAAGGGAUUGCUCGUCCGGGCGACGAAAAAGGGACGCUUCGAUGUCCGCUAUUAUUACGACCACGUCGAUCGUCUCGCCACGAGAAAGGACAAUUACGGUAAUGUGACUCAAUUCUUUUACAACAACCACAAAAGGCCCCACGAGGUCAGCCAGAUCUACAGCCCGCGGGAUGGCAAAUUAAUGUCCCUCGUUUACGACGAUCGAGGACAUUUGAUUUACGCCCAAAUUUAUCGCCACAAGUACUACAUCGCUACGGAUCAAUGCGGCACGCCAAUCAUGAUAUUCAAUCAAUACGGCGAGGGCAUACGGGAAAUAAUGAGAUCCCCUUACGGCCACAUAGUUUACGACUCGAACCCUUAUCUCUAUCUUCCGGUCGACUUCUGCGGCGGUCUUUUGGAUCAGGUAACCUCCCUGGUCCACAUGCCGAACGGAAAGGUUUACGAUCCUCUUAUCGGACAGUGGAUGUCGCCGUUGUGGGAAAACGUCCUCGACCGAGUUGCCACGCCGACGCAUCUUCAUCUCUACAGGUUUAAUGGCAACGAUCCCAUCGACGUUAGGCACACCGAUAAACACAGCCAACCCAAAGAUCACAUAUCAUGGCUCUCGCAUUUGGGCUACGACCUGAAGAGCCUAGCGCCGCAGCUGUUCCCGGGCGAGCUCCCGGAGAGCCUGGUCCCACCGUCGCUCGGUCCGGGCGCCUCGAUAUUCGGCCACAAGAAAAGGACGAACAACCUCGGCGUCCAGUCAGGAUUCUUGGCCCACAUCGAGCAACGUCAUUCGGGCGACGCGGUAGGGUUGUCGGCUCCGCCGAGGUCAGCUCUGAAGAUGGACCCGAGCCAGUUGAUGCCUUCGCGUCUGGGUGCAGCCUCGGACCCGCCGUUCGGCAAGGGUAUUCUCGUCUCGCGAACUUCGGACGGGCAGGCGGUCGUGUCGAGUGUGCCGGCAGCGAACCCGAUCUACCGGGACGUGUUCACCACCGUGUUCAACCGUUCGUACUUCCUGCCAUUCACAUUCGUCGUGCACAGCGCCCAGCAGGACGCUUUUUACUUCGUCAAGGAAAAGACUUGGGAAUCCGGCGACGACAAGAACCAGCUUAAGCGGCUCAGCGGACAGGUCAACACGACGUUCCACGAGAGCGAAAAUGGCAGCGGCAGCUCAGCGGUCGACGUCAAGAUUCACGGAGCCAGCUACGUCGUCAACCUGCGUUACGGCACCACCGCAGAAAAGGAGAAACAGCGCUUGCUCCAUCACGCCAAAGCGACCGCGGUGAGGAAGGCCUGGCACCGAGAGGCCGAAGCGCUCAAGGCGAACACGCCCACGAGCCUCGAGUGGAUGGUUGCCGAGCAGGAGGAGAUCCAGAAAAUCGGCCAAGCCUCUAAUUACGAGGGCGAGUACAUACACGACGCGCAAAUAUAUCCUGAGCUCGCGGAGGACCCCUACAACAUAAGAUUCGUUAAGAAAACGAGCACGGAUACUUCGAGCAAAAAGAGACGCAGGAGGAGAGGUGCCAAUGUCGUAUGCAACCUCUUCCGACUCGGUGAGGUUUGCUAGAGGCCCCGUCCACCUUUAUAAAAUACGUACCCAAACAAAUUAAUCCUACACUACCUUGCGAGCUAAGAAAAAGCAAGUGAAAUCGUGCAAAACAUUAAUAUUGGUCGACUUUUACGACACUGUUCAAUUAAACGUCAACCCUAACAUCUCCCAUAACAUAAACCACUAAAAAUAAGUAAAUAAACAAACAAACAAACACAUACACAAAUAUUAAGAAAUUCAAAUUUAACAAAACAAACACAAAUUCUGCGCGUGUGAAUUGACGCUAAGCGAUAUUGGCUGACGUUCUUAACGCUGUGAAGCCGAUAAACAGCCAGCGACCCAGAGUUACGGGAGCGCUUCUUCGUCACAAAUGAGACUACGAAUCGAAGAAAUUACGAAGGCUCCGCGCCGCACGCACACGCGUUAAGGAGCAGCCACACCUAUACACGUAAACACCGAAAAAAAAAACACUAUCAAAAAGUUUUAUACCAAAGUCUAUUUGUGUAUUUCAAAGAUGCCAAAAAAAAACGAAAAAAAAAAAGAAGAAAGAAAAAAAAUAAUAAUAAAGAACACUAAUGUUAUAAUAUAUUGAGAGGCGUGUAAUGGGAAUAGUUUAAGGACUCGGGGCGAGGAUAACUGUGUCGCGCGUGUGUGACGUCAUGCCUGGAGGAGUCAGUGUGAUGUGAAAAAGACUUUUAUGCAGAAUAACGAUCGAGAAAGCAAAGGGAAACAUAUUUCUGAUCGUUUCUCGGUCGAAUGCGAUGGAGUGCGCGAUAUUUCGGCUGAAUAAACAUUUUUUAAAAUGCCGACUGAUCGUCGUGAAAGUGUGUCAGGUGAUGAUAAAAAUUGUACGAAGGAAAUGAAGUUGGAAGGAAGACAGUGGAAAUGAACGCAUCGCGCGCUUGACGCACGCGCGCCUCGUUUCGUCUUUCUUUCGUGACGAUAUUUUUUCUUUUUCUGUUCCAAGGCCAUUCGUCGUUGAGACGAAAUGAGUGUUUUUUUGUUUAACGAUAUCUCGCCUGCGCGCCUGCCGAAAGCAAGAGAGAUAACCUAGUCAAUAAAUUAGCUUUACAUUGACAUUUUUACUGUAAUAAGAUAAAAUACAGUGUAGCCGGAUUUAUUCGUGGUAAACUGCAUUUAUAUAGACAGAAACAGAAGGGGAAAAAAACAAAAGAAAUAUCACCGUUCUAUAUCUCAGAUGUAAUGGAAUGUCAUGUUAAUCGUUUUUCCUUUACAAUUGUUCAGCGAUAGAAAAGCGGUAGCACAAAUACAGGAAAUGAGCGAGAGCCGGAUACACUCUCAGCAACGAAUGGCCAAUUCAGAGCCCUCGAACAAGGUCGCACAGUUUGUUAUAUAAAUUCGCGAUUAAUUAAGGUAGGAUUGUAUGGUUCGCGGUAAGGGAAAAGAAAAAAACAUAACAAGAGAGUAAGAAUGUCGAGUGAAAGAGAAACGAUCGCGUUAUAGUGAGAGAGAGAUAUAUAUAAAUAUAUAAUUUUAAAGAUUCCGGAUGAGCGUGGAAAUAAAAGAGAGGAAGGUUAGUAGUGAACUGAAUGGCCGCUAGAGGGCGAAUCGUCCGUGGGCAUCGACUGUAAAAAAAGAGAAAAAGAAAAGAAAUUUUUAAAAAUGAAUUGUGGUGCUUGUUGUCCUCCGGUAGUGAGAUCGGUGCAAUGUUCUUGUCGAAUUAUCCGGAAGCCUCUUCUUCCGGACAACAUCGAUUUAUUGUUCAUUCGAAAAUGAAGAAGAAAAAAAAACAGGAAAAACAUCAUUUCGAACGAACUUAUCGCGGUGGAAAAGAAUUUCAAUGAUUUUGUUCUUUUCUUCGCCAACGCCUUCGGACAUUGCGUGGGGAAGUUGAGAAAAUUAUUUUUUUCAGAUAAGAGAAAGUGAGUCGAGACGAAACUCGGAAGAUGAAGAAACGAUAAAAGUGAGAACGAGAGAGAGAGAGAUAAGUAAUGCCCGUUCAAUGUGUCGUAUCCCUGUAGCGUCCAAGAAGAAGAAGAAGCGAAAAAUGGAAGAAAUGUGUGAUGAAUUUAUCAACGCUCGAUGUAUCCAUGCGUCCACGAUGAAUUAUUUAAAUUAUUAAAUAUAAAACGACUAAGAGUUUGAGGACUGAAUGGGAAGCCUGUGCGAGUGUGAUUUAUAUGGAAAAAAAAAUAAGAAGAAACUAAAAAUAAUAUAUAAAUAUACGAGAGGGAGGGAGGAAAAAUGAAAAUUCUACGCGGAAACGAGAGAAAAAACGAUUAAAGUCAUCCGGUCAAUCCAAUUAAUCGGUAUACGUUUAUAUGCGUAUUGUGUAUAUUAUACAGACAUACAUAUAUUUGUGCUUGCUGGAAAAAAUAAAACAAUGAUACUGAAAUAAACGAACGAGAGAGAGAGAGAGAGAUGAUGCUGAGAAUGAAAAAUGAGAAAAAAAUACGAAACAAGAGAAAAAGUCCCUAAGUCAGUUACAAAGGAAGGAAGAAAUGCACGAGGAAUAAACGGAAGAAGAAUAGUAUUUCUUCGUAAAUUCACUAAGUGUAAUAACCAUUGGAGAGAAAAAGAAACGAGAAAAAUAAUAAAUAAAUAAAUGAAAAAGAGAAUAAUAAUCGUCGGAAAAAUUAAUUAAAAGAUCGUAAUUUUUAGUUUCUCCGUUAGACCGUCGUGUCGUGGCAGCCUCGAAAUGACGAUUCGUGCGAAGAGUCGUAUUCGGUGAUAACGAGAGCGUGAAAGAAUUUCCAUCGAUUUUUCAAAUCGUCCUUUUUGUCCGUCAACGCACACACAUACACACAAUCACACGAACAGAGCAUUGUUCCUCAACGUCAUUCUCCAGCGAUAAUUUUUUUCCAUACACCUCCAUCGUCAGGAGUCUUCAACAAUUAUUUAUUCCAAUUUUAAAGGAAACAAAAAAUCUUUUUUACGUCCGGUGCGCAAAUAACGGAGAGGGAGGAAAAUUGGAACGGCUGUUGUGAAAUAUGCCAAGGGUGAUUAAAUGUGAGAUCGACUAAUGCAUCCCGUUAUACGUACAGAUAGUUGCACAACGACAUUAAAACUGUCUGGAUAGAUAAAUAACUACUAAGUGUAUAAAAACAAAAAAAAAACAAACAAAAAUAUAUAAAUGAAUGAAUAAAAUGAUGUAUAAAUGAAUAAAUAUAUCUGUACGGAGAAAAUAUAUUUAUUUAUUUAUAUAUACAUAUAUACAUAUGCAUAUAUACAUAUAAAUAUAUAAAUAUAGUAUAGGCAAGCUUCGUCAUGUAUUUUUGACUCGAGACAAUUUUUGGACCACGCGUGUAUAUCGAGUCGAGACUGCGUUCUCGAGGUGGUUAAUAAUCAGGGUUGCAUACCAUAUACACGGAUAUGCGAGAGCAAAAGAGAGAGAGAGAGAGAGAGAUAAAGAGUGCGUGUGGGAAUGCGUGCGAUAGAGAAAAAAAAAAACAAAAUAAAUUCACGGAUCGUGGGAAAUAUUAAGUCGAAACGUAAAAGUGUAUGAAUAUCCUCUCAGUGUCUUCUGACAACUCCCAAUGACGCUUGGAACUACAAGGACAGUCCACGCUACGGUAUACUCGUACGAUUGAAAAUGAAAACAUUACCUUAAAAGGAAACGAAUAAGGGGUCCGUUUUUGCCAUGCGCGGGGAAUCGGGCGUUGGAUAGUGGGGGGAGCGGCGUUCAAAGAAUCAACUAUUUUUAAAUAUCAAGGUGUCAAAUUAAAACGCGAUCGGCGAUACUGCAAUUUCACGUCAAUCGCGAUCGAAAAAUCGAGGGAAAAUAAAAGAAUGAGGGAAGAGGAGAAAAUAGUGCGGAUUGUCGCGUCACGAGUUUCUGGUGUAUGGUGUAUAUGUAUAUUCAUAUAUAUAUAUUAUAUAUAAAUAUAUAGGCGAGAUCCCCCCCGAGAAACAAGCCUCCUUCUCCGGUAACACGAAGAACAAUUGUCGGUCGAAUUUUUUAUUCUCAGAUCCUUGCGAAAAUAAUCGGGAUUAUAAGAAUUCUAUGAAAAUAAGGAUACGAAUAACAAGAACAAAAAAUAACACUAAAACUGACUCGAGGAACGUGGGUUACGACGAUUUUUUCUUUUCUAACUUCCGUGAAGUUCUUGUGUAAUAAAUUCUUGCGGAGCGAACGAUUUUAUUUAAAAUAUUCUUUACUUUUACGUUCUUCGUCACCGGCGUACGAAGGGCGAACGCGAGCGAGCGAACGUGUGUGACAGAGAGUGCGAGAGAACGAUAAACAAAGAGAAAAUGUCGCGCGCGAUUAUAGAAAAUUCAUAAUUCUUCGAUUAAACACGGUAGUUUGGGCCGAAAAAUAUUUAGAAUGUGAACUUUAAGGAAAGUGCGGACGAGAGAGACAGAGAGAGAGAAAGGAAAAUCUAUGCUGAAGAUAUCGCGAGGAAGAAUUGGCUUGAGAUUCGAAAUGCCUAGAGGCAACAACACACGGUGGCCGAAAUCAUAAGUCACUAAAUUCAAUCACGAUCUUCAAACCCUUCUCAAUCGAAUUUCAAAACCUUGCUAGUUCGAAUUACGGAAGCACGAAAAGAAAUAAAAAGAAAAUUAAAAAAAAUAUAUAAUAAAAAAAAGAAAAACAUUUUGAAAAAUAACGAUUUGAUCAUUUUUGAAGAAACAAAUAACAGAUAAUAGGAGGGUAUUUGCAAAAUUUGAAAAAGUUACCGAAACUGAAAAGCCGAAUAAAAGCACAAUUCAGCCACGCUAUAGCUACGACCACUACCUAGGUAGAUUAUGCUAUUUUGCCGCUGAUCUAAUUGUUUACUGUCACGUGUUGCUGUAAACCUAAACUAUACGAUACGAUAUAUAUUUUAUUUAUAUAAUCUAAUCGACUGUAUUUAUUGUAAAUAGUCACCGAUGUUUGCUAUGAUAUAAUAUAUCUGUAAUUGGAUGGAAAA